AUGACCAACAGUGAGUCGAUGAAUGGCAUCAACAAACCAGUCAUUCUGGAAAUCCCUAGUGGAUUUGAUGUCAUAAGUUGUGUGGUGCAAUUUGCACUGCAUUUCGGGCUUUUUGUAAAUGUGCUUACUGGCCAUGGACUCAUUUCUGAUGUCGAUGUUGCCUAUUCACCCGGUGCAAUCCGUCCGCUGUGCAGUUCUACAUGCUAUCACAUAAUUUCAUUUUCGGGGACUUACCGUGGUUCAGAUGCUGCUUCUGGAAACAUUAUUAGUGUUUUCCAUGUUCAAUUUGUAGAUGAUAAGGGUAAUGUUAUGGGGGGACGAAUUCUGUCUCACACGAAAGCAGCAAGUACUGUUACGCUUGUUCUUGCUGUUUCUAAAAACGCGUGA